AUGAGAGUACUAGUCGUCACAUUUUGGCUCCUGUUCACGGCUAGUAAUGCCGAACUGGGUGGCCGGGACAACGAAAUUCAACUUUUCCCUAAAAAUGGACAACAAAAUGUGAAUCCAGACACUCACCUAGUACUCACAUUUCCAUCUCCGCCAACAAUAGGCAACAAUGGCACCAUCCGCGUGUAUGAUACUUCAAACAACAAGCUUAUUGACAUGCUUGAUCUCUCAAUCCCAUCAUCUCCAAGUCCAUAUGGAAAUGGCUCAACAAAGGCCAACUACAGUGACACCACAACUUACCAGACCAACAUCAUCGGCGGAAUGGACUUCUAUUUCCACCCAAUCAUCGUCCGAGACAAUGCAGCAACUGUGUAUUUGCACAAUAAUCAGCUUGAUUACGGUCAAACAUAUUCAGUCGAAACAGAUUCUGAGGUGUUCAAGUUAGCCGACGGUAGUUACUCAACAACGAACUCGUGGACCUUUUCCACAAAGUCUCAAGGUCCAAGCCCGGAUGCCCCAGAAGUGAUUGUAGCUGCAGAUGGCUCUGCCGAUUUCAAUACUGUUCAAGGCGCCAUUGAUUGGGCGCCUUCAAACCCGACUCAGCGCAUCACAAUUCUUGUCAAAGAUGGAAACUAUGAAGAGCUGGUAUAUUGGCAAUACAAGACCAACCUCACCAUACGCGGAGAAAGUCGCAACAAAACCAUUGUUGGAUAUCCCAACAACAGCGCCUUCAAUCCCCCCAAUCGUCAAGGACCAUCCCGUCGUCCUGCAUUCUCCUUCCAUGGCGUCAGCGACGUCCAACUCAGCAAUUUCACUAUUAACAACUAUUAUCGUGGGCAAGCCGAAGCCCUUUUGAUUGAGGGAGUCCGUGUGAUUGUUGAUCAUAUGACUCUCAACGGCUCAGGAGAUGCCUUCACAACUUACGGUACCAUCUAUGUCGCGGACAGCAAGCUAACGGGUGAUGGUGAUACAAUACUAGGUUAUGGAUCAGUAUAUUGGCUCCAUAGCGAGGUUGUGUCCACGGCAGGAGCUGUGAGUUGGACGCGUACCGUACAAGGCAUUCAUGGGAAUGUUUUCGUCAAUUCGACUAUCAUUGGUGACCAAGGGAACUCGACUUUUGCGCGUUUGCCUGACAACUCGGGUGGAGUCAUGCCUAAUUGGCCAUAUGCAGAGAUGGUGUUGAUUAACACGAAGACAGCGGGCAUUGCACCAGUUGGCUGGGGACCUGUCCAAGGCCCACCAUUUGACACCAGUCAUCUCCAUCUUUGGGAGUAUAACACGAUGGAUUUGGAGGGAAACAUAGUGGAUGUCUCUGAGAGGCUGAAUGUUUCGAAGCAAUUGAGGCUUCCUGAAGACUCGGUUACAAUUGCUGAAUAUAGCGACCUAGCAUAUGUGCUUGGCGGAUGGACUCCUGUUGUUGUUUCUUCAUGA